CCCAAUAUAACAGAAGAUUAAACACUAACACAUAUCUCCUUAUAUUGUUAUACAGUGCAAAAACACACAAAAUAACACUUAUUUUUAACAUUUAUACUCCUUGUUCAGUUUGACACAAAGCAUGAUGGGAACUAAAACUCUGCUGCCCUCAUUCUGUUUGAGUUCAGCUUAAAGAGAAAGUUCACCCAAAAAUUAAAAAUCUGUCAUGAUUUACUCACCCUCAUGUUGUUCCAAAUCUGUAAGACUUUUGUUCAUUUUUCUGAAAUCUCCAAGCCAGUCACGUGAUCAGCUGCUAGCAAUCUGAUUGGAGGAUCUCAAAAAAUGCCCACGACCGAUCUAAAGUAUCCAGAAAAAGUUGCCCCCUGUAUCAUCAACUUUAGUUUUGAUUUUAUACAUUUCAUAUAUAUUUUUGUAUGAAUUCUAUGUGGCUCAAAAUCAGUUGGUCUCCCAGCUGUAUGUUCUUCUCCCUUGAUGCUGCCGGUCUUGGAAAGAGUCAACAUGUCAAGUGUAUAAAAAGGCAGCAUAGACUGUAGCACAUCUUUAUUGUUGAGCCUCCAGGAGUGACUGUGUUUCAGUGAGGAGCAGUUCAGAGCUGUUGGAGAGACACAUAGCAUCUUCAGAGAUCUUUAUCUGUGGUUAUGUAUACAUUGAACUUUAUAUAAAGGAAGUAACAGGAAAUAAUACUCUGUUUUGAUAUUUCUUCCAAGUACUUCAUUAUGAAUCUCACAGCAGUGAACCAAACUGAUAGCUGUCAGGAACAUUUCUGUCCAGAGAGAUCUGUUUCUUUAUCUGUCUAUGUGAUUCUGUAUGUGGCCGCAGCAGCUGUGGCUCUUCUGACCGUGUGUGGAAACCUGCUGGUCAUCAUCUCUGUUAGUCACUUCAAGCAGCUCCACACACCUGCUAACAUCCUCAUCCUCUCUUUGGCUGUGUCUGAUCUGCUGGUCGGAGUUUUUGUGAUGCCACUUCAUUUGUCUUGGCUCAUCGAGUCUUGUUGGACUUCUGGACCAGUGAUGUGCUCAGUUUUUAAAAUUGUGAAUUUUCAAGCAACAAGCGUGUCUGUUCACACUGUGGCUCUAAUCGCAGUUGAUCGGUUUUUGGCUUUAAGUUAUCCUUUUUUUUACUCUGAGAAAAUCUCACCCUCUGUGAUCUGCAUUGCAACUUUAUUUAACUGGCUAUUUUCACUCCUUUAUAACUUCACUCUUCUCUUCAUUAAUGGAAACUUCACUGAUGUCACAUGUCCAGGAGAAUGUGUUUCUAUUGUAGAUGAGGUUUCAUCCCUCAUUGAUCUCCUGGUUGUGUUUCUUAUGCCAUGUACACUCAUCAUAAUAUUAUACACUCAUAUUUUUGUCAUUGCUAAGAAACAUGCGACUGCUAUAAGAGCCCUUCAGGUUCACAAAAGCACCUCUAAAAACAGAGUCAGUGACAAAUCAGAGCGAAAAGCUGCGAUACUGCUGGGGAUUCUGGUCUUUGUGUUUCUCCUGUGUUUACUGCCAUAUUAUAUUUGUUCUUUAGUGAUUCCAUAUGGCAGUGCUGACUUGUUUUAUUUCAGAGAUGUUCCUGUAAUAUCUUUCUUCCUGAACUCCACCAUUAAUCCCAUCAUUUAUGCCUUAUUCUAUCCCUGGUUUCAGAAAAGCUUAAAAUUAAUUUUCACAUUUAAAAUGUUUAAUAAAGACUCCUCUCUGAUGAAUGUGCAAUAAAUCAUUGAAUGUAGGACAAAAAAUUUCCUCUUUUUUUCUACGUUAUUUCAGGUGUACUUUAAUGCCUUUUCUUCAUUUUUUUUUGUUUGUUUUUAAACCUGACUGUGAAGACAUGGAUGUUGUUUUCAAUCAUACCAGUAUUGUAUAACAAUAUGAGUGGGUGAAUUUUUAUUUUUUACGUCAACUCACUUAUUUCUAUGUAAUAAAAGGAAAUGUUGAAUAUAAUGGUAUAUACUGUAUAUAUAGUGUGUAUAGUGUGUAUACUGUAUAUACUGUGCAUAUAUAUAUACUGUGCAUGUACUUAUGUAAGUGUUAGUGGCAGUAAGAGCACAAUUACCUAUAAAUAUUUUUGUACAUAAUUACUUAAAUUGUGAUCUUGGUCCCUCAUGCUCAAGGCAGUGGUUACACCAGAAUAGAAAUACUCAUAAUUUUGCUUUGCUGAAAAUACAGAAAUGUGUUAAACAUAAUUGCUUGCACACUGUCACUGAAUCAGUACAGUUUGUAAAAAGUGACACUUUUUAACACAAGAGUUAAUGCAGCAUUUAUAACUUGAAUGUUCAAGGCUUCCGGUGUCACUCGCUUCAAGUUAGUUUUAGCUGUACAAAAACAGCUCAUUAUGCUGCUUGCUAUUGCAAACUGGUAUUUCUUAUCAUAUUAUUUUAAUGUAAUAAAAACAUUAAUGUAUAAACAUUUUAAAUGAUUUAAUGUUUUUACAAUUUGUUUAUUUUGUUACAAUAUGUAAUACUAUUAUAAGUGAUUGCAUUCACUCGAAAUAUUAGUGCAUUUCCAGUAAAUAAAAUGUAAUGGUGAAAUCCGGUAUUAUGACUAUAAUAGUAGUGUUGUAUAGUAGUUUAAAGUAAAUAAACCUCUAUUCUUUAAUUUGUCCCCUUUAAAUAACAUAAACAAAAAAUAAUGUCAGAAAGAUAUUAAUACCAGUAGUGAUGUUGCUGGACACCGUG